AUGAAAUUCAUCUCAGCUUGUUACUUGCUGCCUUUUUUCCCUGUUCUAGUUUUCAGCACUAGACAGGGCUAUGAAGAACUGGAAAGACAACUGAAAGAAGUCUUUAAGGAAAGGAGCAAUAUCCUCCGUCAACUGUCGAAGACCUCAAAAGAACUUGAAGGAAUUAAAGUAAACCUGCAGUCUUUGAAAAAUGAUGAGGCAUCUGCCAAAAGUGAUGUGCAGAAACUUCUGGAAUUAGGCCAAAAGCAAAGGGAAGAAAUGAAAUCUCUCCAGGAGGCCUUUCAAAAGCAGCUUAAUGAGGCAGCUGAGAAAGCAGAAAAACAGCAGGCUACUAUUAAUUUUCUGAAGACUGAAAUGGAAAGGAAGAGCAAAAUGAUCAGAGAUCUCCAGAAUGAGAACAAAAGCCUGAAAAACAAACUCCUGUCGGGAAACAAGCUUUGUGGUAUUCAUGCAGAAGAGUCUAAAAAGAUCCAAGCCCAGCUGAAGGAGUUUCGCUAUGGAAAAAAGGAUUUGAUUUUUAAGGCACAACAGCUAACAGAUCUGGAGCAAAAGCUAGCAAUUGCAAAAGAUAAGCUGGAAAAAGCCGCCCUUGACAAAGAGUCACAGCUGAAAGCUCUGAAGGAGACUGUACAACUCUGCCUGUCUUCCGUUCUGCACAAUCAACCGCCUGGUACGAAUAUAAUCCCUUCAAAACCAACUGAGAAGCUGACAUCCCAAGUUACAAAUGACUCAAAAGUUCCAUUUCAAGUGACAAACACCAAGCAAAAUGCCUCAGCAGAUAAGGAGACCCUUGCCUCAACAAAGGAAGCAAAUCGAAGUGUCCAGGAGUGUGAUUCUCAAGAUGUUGGCAAGACUUGUUUGGGGAAGCGCAAUAAUUCAACAUCUCCUCACCUCAAGGUGGCAGAAACAGAUCCUAGCUAUCAGAAGUUGCACAGCCCUCCAUGGAUUAAACCUGAAGCUAAAAAAUCAGCAGAGACAAAUGAGAAGAAGCAUGAAGAGUCAGAUAAAACAGAAGAAAAAGCACUGUAA